CGCGCGCCUUUUGGGAGGCGGGGCUGGAAGGGCUCGCGGCGGGGAGGCCGCGGGCUGUCUGCGCCCGCUCUCCCUCUCCUCUCAACCCCUGCGGCUCUGGCUGAAACGUCUGCUUGUGGCCGGAUUCCCAGACCCCGAUCUAUCUACCUACGCCUUUCCAUUUUCAUGGUUUUUUGUAUGGGAGUGGAAGAACUGAUGUGAUGGAAUGCAAGGAUGGGAAAGAGCUAAACAUUUACCAUUUUGGAGUUUAAAGUAUGUCAUCAUGGCAAAGUUUCGAAGAAGGACUUGCAUCAUUUUGUCACUUUUUAUUCUAUUUAUUUUCUCCCUGAUGAUGGGUUUAAAAAUGCUGAGACCAAAUAAAGCUACUUUCGGAGAUCCUUUUGGACUUGAACUUCUUCCAGUACUUCAUCAACAAACUCGCUUAGGGAAAAGCUUUGAUUCCCAAAACAAUGACAAAAUCAACAGUGAAACAAAUAACAAGAAUUUAAAAAGUGUUGAAAUCACUAUGAAGCCUUCCAAAGCCUCUGAACCUUACCUGGAAGAGCUGCAACCUCUGAAUUAUUAUUUACAUGUAUUUUAUUACAGUUGGUAUGGAAAUCCACAAUUUGAUGGUAAAUAUAUACAUUGGAACCAUCCAAUCCUGAAGCAUUGGGACCCUAGACUAACCAAGAAUUAUCCACAAGGGAAACACAGUCCCCCGGAUGACAUUGGCUCCAGCUUUUACCCUGAGUUGGGAAUUUACAGCUCUCGGGAUCCUUCUGUCAUUGAAACUCACAUGAAACAAAUGUACUCAGCUUCAAUUGGUGUACUAGCCCUAUCUUGGUACCCACCUGGUACAAAUGAUGAGAAUGGAGAAAAUACUGAUGACUUGGUACCGACUAUUUUGGAUAAAGCUCAUAAAUAUAAUCUGAAGGUCACUUUUCACAUCGAACCAUAUAGCAAUCGAGAUGAUCAAAACAUGUACAAAAAUGUCAAAUAUAUUAUAGACAAAUAUGGAAAUCAUCCGGCCUUUUAUAGGUACAAGACUAAGACCGGCACUACUCUUCCUAUGUUUUAUAUCUAUGAUUCCUAUAUCACAAAGCCUGAAAAAUGGGCCAAUUUGUUAACCACCACAGGGUCUCAGAGCAUCCGCAAUUCUCCUUAUGAUGCACUGUUUAUUGCACUUCUAGUAGAAAGCAAACAUAGAUAUGAUAUUCUACAAGCUGGUUUUGAUGGAAUUUACACAUAUUUUGCCACAAAUGGCUUUACUUAUGGCUCAUCAUAUGAGAAUUGGGCAAGGAUAAAAUUGUUUUGUGACCAGUUCAACCUAUUGUUUAUCCCAAGUGUGGGCCCGGGAUAUAUAGAUACCAGCAUCCGCCCAUGGAAUGCUCAAAACACUCGAAACCGAAUCAGCGGGAAGUACUAUGAAACUGCUCUGGGUGCUGCACUCCAUGCCCACCCCAGUGUGAUUUCUAUCACCUCUUUCAAUGAGUGGCAUGAAGGAACUCAGAUUGAAAAAGCUAUUCCCAAAAGAACCGGUAGUACAUUGUACCUGGAUUACCGGCCUCAUAAACCAAGUCUUUAUCUAGAACUAACUCGCAGGUGGUCUGAAAAAUACAGUAAGGAAAGAGCAACUUACGCAUUAGAUCAGAAGCUGCCUGUUUCUUAAUGCAUUAAUGAUUAUAGAAAUCACCUAAUUUUAGUAAGUACCUUUUAAGUAUAUACCAGUUGGUAGUUAUCCCCAUAAUAAAAAGAAUUUGUAUUUUUUAAAAAAAGGGUAAUAUCAUCAUUGCCACCCUUCACAAUGCUGCACUGAAAAAAUAUCAGAAAGAUUAUGCAAAUUACAUUCCCUGUGGCAUAAUAUGCUGAAUUUCUGACUGAAAUUCUACUUUGCUACUAAUUUUUAUUUCACCCAAAAAUGUUUGUGUUACUUAAAUCCUUCUUGUAUUCUGGGCUCAAAGAAAUAGAUUGUGUAUAUUUAAUAUGUCUAAUGAAGAAAAUAAGACCUAGAAGAUAGUGUACAUGUUUCAUUUAGAUUUUUUUCCAAUAAUUCAGUCAUCCAGAGUCAUAAAGUCUCCAAUAAAAAUUCUUAAGGAAAAUGAAAUCAUAACUUAAGCCUUACUGUGAAUCACAUUGUGUUAGGAAGGCCUGCUUUCUACAGCACAAUAUGCAUCAUCCUUUGAGGAUUUUUUUGAUUACAUAUAGCAUGCUAGGUGUUUUGCAUGUCUAAUGUAUCUGCUUUACAGUGCUGAAUUCCAGAUACUAGAAGCUGUGGAAAGUUCUUUCAUGCUUCUCUAUUAAGAAAACAUAGUUGGUUCAUAAUUAUGAAGACAGAAUGCCCAAAAUAUCAGUUUUUGGAUAACCUGUCAAUUUUUAACUUGUUAAUCAGAGACCAACUGUUAGUAUCAACCUUUUUCUUCCGUACCUAUCAUUGGAUUUCCUUAAUAUUUUAAGCUACUUUUACCAAAAUAAAUAGAGAAAAUUUACUUAGCAUCUUAGGAACAUGGAAAUGAAAAUUCUUUUAUAUCUUAAACUUAAAAGUCAAACUUCAGGAAUGAAUUUAACACAAUGAUGGCAAUAAUCUCGUUUAAAAGGCAAUAUAUCCCCAUGUAAAAACAUUAUACUUUCAUGGUAUCUAUCAGAUUCAAUACUUGUGAUCAGUUGUCAUAUUGUGACAAAUUAAUCCACCUCUAUGCUAAAAAUAAAUCUCUUUAAUAGAGUAUAUGUUAUCCUUCAGUUCUUAUAGUUAACUAGAACUAUAAAAUAUAUAUAUGCUAUUACAAGAGUAUUAUUUCUUAAAUUAUUUACUAAAGAGAAGCAAUAUUAAACAAUAAUACAUAUAAAUCGUCAGGUCUUAGUCAUUUUUCCAAAGAAGACAUCCAAAUGGCCAACAGACACAUGAAAAAGUGCUCAAUAUCGCUCAGCAUCAUCAAAACCUCAAUGAGAUACCACCUCACACCAGUCAGAAUGGCUAAAAUUAACAAGUCAGGAAACGACAGAUGUUGGCGGGGAUGCGGAGAAAGGGGAACCCUCCUACACUGUUGGUGGGAAUGCAAGCUGGUGCAGCCACUCUGGAAAACUGUAUGGAGGUUCCUCAAAAAGUUGAAAAUAGAGCUACCAUAUGAUCCAGCAAUUGCACUACUGGGUAUUUACCCCAAAGAUACAAAAGUAGGGAUCUGAAGGGCUACGUGCACCCCAAUGUUUAUAGCAGCAAUGCCCACAAUAGCCAAACUGUGGAAAGAGCCAAGAUGUCCAUCGACAGAUGAAUGAAUAAAGAAGAUGUGGUAUAUAUAUACAAUGGAAUAUUAUGCAGCCAUCAAAAGGAAUGAGAUCUUGCCAUUUGCAACCACGUGGAUGGAACUGGAGGGUAUUAUGCUGAGUGAAAUAAGUCAAACAGAGAAAGACAUGUAUCAUAUGACCUCACUGAUAUGAGGAAUUCUUAAUUGCAGGAAACUGAGUGUUGUUGGAGUGGGGAGUGGGGUGGGAGGGAUGGGGUGGCUGGGUGAUAGACACUGGGGAGGGUAUGUGCUCUGGUAAGCGCUGUGAAUUGUGCAAGACUGUUGAAUCUCAGAUCUGUACCUCUGAAACAAAUAAUGCAAAAUAUGUUAAGAAAAAAGAAGAACGUAGCGGGAGGGGAAGAAUGAAGCGGGGGAAAUCGGAGGGGUAGACGAACCACGAGAGACGAUAGACUCUGAAAAACAAACUGAGGGUUCUAGAGGGGAGGGGGGUGGGAGGAUGGGUUAGCCUGGUGGUGGGUAUUGAGGAGGGCACAUUCUGCAUGAAGCACUGGGUGUUAUGCACAAACAAUGAAUCAUGGAACACUACAUCUGAAACUAAUGAUGUAAUGUAUGGGGAUUAACAUAAGAAUAAAAUAAAAACAAACAAAAAAAAACAAGUAAUUUCCCACUGAUAAAAAAAAAAAAAACUUCAGGUCUUAGAGAUAUUCAUUCAGAAAUAAAGCAACCGUAGAAUUUAUCAUAACAUAGCCCAUCAGGUGAUGAAAUUUAUUUUAGCCAGUGAUUUUGAAGUAAAAAUCUUUUCUUUGAAAAGAGGCAUGAUUAAUGUUAAACUUAUUUAUAACUUAAGAAUUUGCCAUUUCUCAGAGAAUGAUCAGGCCUUGAGAAAUUAGAACAAUAGUAGUAAACUACUUUCUAGAGGAAGUUAUGAGACUAAAUCACUAUAAUGAUAUAACCAAGACUCUUCAUAGGAACAUUCAUACAAUAUAACCUGUGGAUUUUUUUUUUUCUUAUAUCCAUUUGGCCACUCUAUGUUAUCAUAGGCAUGACACAUUUAGAGUUUAUUCCUAAUAAUCACUUUUACCGUAUUUUAUUAAAUUUAGAGAAAUUACUACUACAGAGGAGUUCUUAUAAUUGCUUAUACUGUAUAUUUGAACCUACCGUGACAGAAAAUUUUAUGAAAUAGUUCUGAGAUUAAGAGAAUAAAAACAAGGUCAACAAAUACUCAAUGCGAAUACUACCACUUUCUAUCUUGCUCCCACUGCAGACAUAGAUAAUCUACUACAGCACUCUUUACCUCUGAAUUUUGUUGUGGUUCCUAACACAUUACUCCAACCAGCCAGUAAUGAUCAGAUUUCAAAGUAAGAUAAAACAAAUUUGUUCUCAAGGGAAGAAUGUUUGUUUGGAAUCUGAACUCAUAAUGGUUUAAGAAUUUAUAAUUAUAUGAAAAUCUGUGUCUUUUUGCCUGUUUUAAAAACUAGGAGGAAUUAUCUCAUUUCAUAAAUCUUCCUCAGGUAUUCAUUACAGUUGCCUUUAUCAUUUGACUUUUUAGAUCAUUAUCACAAGUAAAAGCAAAGAACUGAUUGCCUAAUUUAAACUGUUAGUGUAGUAUAUGCAAUGCAUGAAUCACAAUUCUUUUAUGGUUUAAUCAGUCUGUUUUGACUGUAUAGAAAACAACCUGUUUUACUGUUCCUAAUAUUAAGUUGUACGUUAACUAUUUUCUGUUUUAAAAGUAAAAGACUAUUUUGUUAUAUGGAGUAAUUAACUUUCAUUUAAUAAAAGCAUACAUGAAAUAGUGUAUCUUAGGUAUAAAAAUGUGUCCCUUUCUAUUUAUGAAAUAUUUGAGAUAUGUAGCACUUACAAAGUCUGUAUCUUUAACUGUAUAUACAUUUUUAAAUCUGUAAAUUUGUUAAACACACACAAAAAACAAAGGUUUUUGGGGGUGUGGGGGCAGAGAUGUUUUAUUUUUUUAUUCUUUGGGCAUAAUCAUACGUUAGCUCUAACUCCUUUGGGAGAUCUUACCCUAACAAGCCACCAGAGAAUCUACCAAAUUUAUAACCAUCACUUUUUCAAACUGAUUAGUUAAACAUGAUGACUGUUCCUGAACUCUGUAGUGCCUACAGAAAUAGCUCUUGAAAGUCUGUAUCUAAAUUUUGAAUUAAGGUCGAACACCCUUAUGUCCCAUAGUAUAGAAGCAAUACUAUUUAUGACUAGAAAAAUUCCAGUUAUUUUUAUAAAUAUCUGUAAUUUCAAAAUGGAAAAUAGACCUAGCCACAAGCAAAAAAGUUUUUUAGCUCAGAUAAAAUUUUAUGCUGACUUUGUUAUAUAUCCACAUAAAGUCUAAUUGUUAUUGUAUGCUUCCUAUUAGAUUAUUAUUCUUGAGAAUUCAAGUGCUACAUUGGCUUAAUUACUUUACAGAGACUCACUGUAGUCCAAUCAAAGAACUUAGCAGUAGUGCUAUUAUAUUUCAUCAAUGAAGAGAGGAACAUUUUUAAAUGUGGUUAGUUUCUGUUGUUACAUAAGUUAUGAUAUCAAAAGAAAAAAUAAAGAACUAGUAAGUAAAUGGUCACAGAUCUAAAAUUUAGUGAAGUUAAAACAUAGUAGCACUAUUUUGGAUGUUCUAGACUUCAUUUAAAAGUGUCUUAAAGUUUCUCAAUUUAUAUUAAAAAUUAGCCAUAAAUUUAAUCAUAAAGUUAAAGAGCCUUUCAGAAACUACCCCAUGAAAUAAGUACUUCAUGACAGAAGGCAAUGCUGUACUAUGGUUAGAUAAUUCUAUAUAUAAUUUAACCUAUGGUAUAUGAUUGUAUCUUCAUGCUUUGUUUUUGACUUUUUGAAAGAAUUGGUUAAUCUGAGCAAAGAUUAUAAAUAACAUGAAAUAAAGUGACUCUUUAGCUAUUCAAUUACAUUUAAAAUAUAUUAAUUAUAAUUAUGUUCAUGCAUAAAAGUGUGAGUCAGUUUUUAAAAAGCCAUUAUGAAAACACAAUUUGAUAAUAAUGUCUAAUGUAAUGUGAUCUUUACCCUGAUUUUGAAACUAUCAGAUACAAAAGAGAAAAAUACCUAGAAGAAAUUCAAUUGCAAUAAAUGCAGUAAGGUUUAGAAAUUUAUAUAUUUAAACACAGUCACCCAAGGGUAGGGUGUCAGAAUGUUUUUUGGAUGUAGUAAGUUUGUUUUUAUUGAAUGCUGCCAUUCUAUGUAUUGUUUUUUAAUUACUUAGAUUCCUUAGCCAUGUGGCAGUCUAUUAAGCCAUUAAUAUUAAAAUAGAGCAGUCUAAUCUCGGGCUUCUUGUAAAAAGUUAACUGCAAGGCUGCUAAAUUCUUACUUGAAAAUUUGGUGUUAUAUUUAAUUAAAGUACAUUCUUGAAAAUUA